GCGCGCGUCGACGCGUCGCCCGAUCGCGCCGUCCACGCCCGCCGCUCCCGCGCGUCGUCGCGCGCAUCGCGCACGCGCCGCACGCCCGCGAGCUCAGACGCCCUCGCGUCUCGUCGCGCGCUCGACCCGAGCAGGUCCGCGCCCGAGGGUGGGAAGGAAGGGUAUUCGAUCGAAGCCGAUCGAACGAACGAACGAACGAUCUAUCGAACGAUCGAUCGCGCGAUCGAUCGCGAAGGAGACGUCGAGGCGCGCGUCGUCGACGGAAGCCUAGUCCUCCACUGCGUAGUCUAACUCGAUCAUAAAGUUGCGAUCAUGUCCUCCGGGUCGCGCAUGUACGAGGAGAAGUUCCCAGAGGUGGACCAAGUCGUCAUGGUCCAGGUCAAGUCCAUCGCGGAGAUGGGCGCGUACGUCCAGCUCCUCGAGUACGACAACAUCGAGGGCAUGAUCCUGCUCAGCGAGCUCACGCGCCGACGGAUCCGCUCCGUCUCGAAGCUCAUCAAGGUUGGGCGCGUCGAGCCCGUCAUGGUAUUGCGCGUGGAUCAGGAGAAGGGCUACAUCGAUCUCUCCAAACGCAGAGUCUCCCCCGAGGACGUCGCCGCGUGCGAGGAAAAGUACAACAAGUCGAAGAUGGUGCACUCCAUCAUGCGUCACGUCGCGGAGACGUCCACGUGCGGCACCACGCUGUCGGACUUGUACGAGCACAUGGGCUGGCCGCUGUACCGGAAGUACGGCCACUGCUUCGAGGCGUUUAAGCACAUGGUCACCAAGCCGGACGAGAUCCUCGACGCGUUGCGGCGUCCCGACGGAUCGGGCGCGGUGAGCGACGAAGUGAGAGACGCGCUGGUGAAGGACAUUCGCCGCCGGAUGACGCCGCAGCCGCUGAAGAUCCGCGCGGAUAUCGAGCUGACGUGCUUCGAGUACGACGGCGUGCUGCACAUCAAGGACGCGAUGCGCGCGGCGGAGGCGGCGACGGCGGAGAGCGGAGGAUCUUCGUCUGAAGACGCUCAGGUCAAGGUGAAGGUGAGCCUCGUCGCGAGCCCGCUGUACGUCGUGACGACGCAGACGCUCGACAAGGACAAGGGCGUCGAGCUCGUGGACCUCGCCGUCGCGGCGGCGGGGAAGGCGAUCGAGGCGAAGGGCGGGAAGAUCGUGAUCAAGGAGGCGGCGCGCGCGGUGAGCGAACGCGACGAUCGGUUACUCGCGGAGAAGAUGGAGAAGCUCGCCAAGGCGGCGGAGGAGGAGGAGUCGGGGAGCGAGGAGGAGGACGAGACGAUGGGGGACGUGGACAUCGAGAAGACGGCGCUGCAGAUGUGAUCCGAUGUGAACCCUGAGAAGAGUGAGAGCGCUGGCGUAUCAGAUUUUAACGUGUCUCGCGAUCUCGUUUU